ACGUUUGUCCUCCUAACAUCACCAGGUCACCGAGCGUCUCCAUCUGCACACACCCGCACACAGCCCUCGACCGGAAGCAUUCGAUCAGACAUCAUGGCGCCCAACGACAAGGCCGGCCGCGUGGUUUUUAUCGGAAAUAUUCCCUACGGCGGAACCGAAGAGCUCAUUGUGGAAACCCUCGGUCGCGUCGGACAGGUCAACAACUUCCGGCUGGUAUACGACAAGGAGACGGGACGGCCCAAGGGCUUCGGGUUCGCAGAGUUUGCCGACGCGGAUGCAGCAGCGUCGGCGGUGCGCAACCUCAACGACUACGAUCUCAUGGGAAGGAAGCUGAGGGUCGACUGGUCCAACGAGAGCGGCUCGGGCGACAACGCGCCCUCGAACCGCGAGCAGAACGCGCCGGCGAUGGGCAUGAACGGGCAGGCAGCGGGCGGGCCUCCGCCAGCGCAGCCGUCGAGCACACUUGGCCCUCUGCCGCCGGGCGUGGAGCUACCGCCCAACCUCACGUGCCCCGACGCCAUCUCGCGCACGCUCUCGACGCUUCCUCCGGACCAGCUCCUCGACAUUCUCUCGCAGAUGAAGGGCCUAGUGAUGACGGACCCGGGCAAGGCGACGGAACUGCUGCGUCAGGCGCCUCAGCUAGCCUACGCUAUCUUCCAGUCGCUUCUUCUCCUGCAGCUGGUCGACCCGCAGAUUCUGACGUCGCUGGUGGAAACAUCGGCGGCUCCUGCGCAAGCGCCGCCUGUGCAGCCGGUCCAGCAAGCACCAGCCCAAGUGGCGCGAGCACCCGUGAACUACGGUGGAUAUGCGCCACAGGUAGCGCCGACACCGCCACAGCCCCAGGCGGCUGCUCCGCAGGCAUACGGACAAGCUCCACCAGCACAGCAGCCGCAGCAGCCGGGCGCCAUGGAUCAGCAGGCGCUAUACGCGCAGGUCAUGGCGCUUACGCCGCAGCAGAUUGAUCAGCUGACGCCCGAGUACCGCGCGCAGAUUAUGCAGAUUCGCCAGAUGCUCAUGGCAGGCGGACGGCCCUAAUGGAAGUGACAGGUGUGUGGGGCAUGGUUAGGAGAAGCGAGCGACGGCUAUAGGGCUUGCUCCAUGGCGCAAGCAGGCUCCGCGACUAAGGGCUUUCUGGCUUGUGCACUGCAUACACAUACAUAUGUACACAUGGACAGUAUUAGUAGGCGUGGGGAAGGGAGGCUCUCAGGACUUGCACGUGUGGGUUGGAGAUGGAUGCAGGGUAUGAUAUGGGCCGAGGAUCGAAUGCAAGGCGCAUUGCUGGGUGAAGGACGGGAUUGCCUGAGGGCGGCGGCGACUUGCAUCGGCCAGAUCACGUGGCCGCGGAGCAAUGGGAUUUGGCAUCUGGCACUUGGCCAUUGGCGGAGCGGCAUUGGGUGGAAAAAAAGAAAAGGACAGGCGAAGCAAGCUUCAAACGAUUGACACUACUAACAGCUUCGGCGAGUCGCAACACCGAGGAACAC